AUGAGUAUAGCCACCACUCCCUCAAUUCCAAUUCCCAACCCCACAUCCCAGUUGACAGGCCCCACGCAGGAUACGAGCAAGAAGACAUUACACAGAAGCCAAGUACCACGGUCGCCCAGGACUUCGUCUGUUACCCCACCGUUGAUGGUGGAGCAGCCUUCCCGCGGAACGAUGCACGAUGCAGGUAUCUCGGGAGCUGAGAGGAGGGUCAGCUUGCCAAGUCUCAACAAUUUAUUAAACUACAGUCACACGCACUCCAAUGUUAGAGGGAGUCUGGACGAUCUCCGGAAUGUGGAAAACGAAAGCCAUGACAUUCUGAAUACCGGUGCUAACGGGAACAUUAAGCCUGAAGGCGCCAGCGUUCCCGGCUCAAAGUCCAUUCCGCGGGCACUGCCUAACCCGGUACAUGCCAACCAAGUAGUGCUGGUGGAUCCUACGUAUUACGACCAGCGCAGGGAGUCAUUAGAGUUCCUUGCAGAUACCGCAUUGAAUAGCAGCAAAAGCAGCAGCAUCAGUGGCAUUAGUCCGGAGGCGCCUAAAGUUGCUGCGAACGACGAUACAACUGCGCCGAUUUCAACUAAUGAAAACCCGCAAUACCUUGAAUUGAUAGCCCAGAUACUUGUCUUAAAGAAUUCCAUGUUCCGGAACAUGAUCAGGUGGCCCAUUGGCGAAACCGGCUCAUCGGCAUUAAUCGACAGUAUUCCCAAAUCGGAGCUACAGCAGUUAUUGGCUGAGUCGAGAAAGCUUACCACCGUGACGCGAGACCUACUACACCUCAAGACCAAGCGUGAGCCCCAAGGUUCUGAGCAGCAGGAUGAGAAUGGGCAGAAGAGAGAGGUACGAUCUCCGGAAGAGAAGAAGAACUUACAGACAGUGCUUCCUGGACUUUCGCAGGUAACUAAGCUGGAAGCUAAGGGAUCUGCACUCCCCCCCAUACAGCGGCUACCCAUGCCGCCGCCCAGCUCUACCGCUAGGGUAGCUCCGCAGUGGGAUGGGGAUUUUCGACAGUUCAGAUUUCCCAGCGUGGCCCAGAUGGACGAUGCUUCAAAAACGCCAUCCCAGGCUGGUCCUGGCCCCUCAUAUGGUACAAUGCAGGCAGGCUUUUCUGCUCAGGAUGGGCACAAGAGGAACUCGAGUGGGCACUUGAGAGGGGGCACAUAUAGCGUUUCGCUCAAGCCAUAUCCACCACAGCCAUCCUUAGUAGAGCAGAAGAUACCUGCGCAGUUGCAACACACCGAGGGCCGUGGCCAAUUCCCCCCGUUAGCGCAACCCACAUUCCAUGGCAAUCGAGCAUACGGUGAAAUUCCGGGCAGGAGACAGACAGUUGAAGGCCUGAGGCCUAGCCAUGCAUUACCUCCCCCGCCGGUAUUCCAUAGAAUGUCGAUUGCACAGCCCAAUCCUCAGUUUCGCGAGCAAAUGCAGGGUGUAUUACAUGUGUCUGGAACGCACAGACAUGUGUUGUCGGAGCCCACUUUGCCAACGAUAGUGAUGGCGCCAGAUGCUUCGGUCUCUGCAGCAACACCAAAGACACCAAAUAGGCGUAAAAGGCAAAGAAGAACCGCAUCCACGAGUGGCGGCGGUAUUGGGGGUGCAAGCGCUGGCGUUUGCCUCCAUUGCCAAGAACGCGACACGCCUGAAUGGAGGCGUGGGCCAUAUGGAAAUCGUACCUUAUGUAAUGCAUGCGGGCUAUUCUACAAUAAAUUGAUUAAGAAAUUUGGCACCAAGGAAGCGAAUAUGGUAAUGCAUUACAGGAGGAGGGUAUUCCCAGAUGAUAGACGAGUUCCCGACGUAGUCGAAGUUCCAGAGACAUUUAUUAAACUGUUGGACCAGCGGCAUGAUUUGGAUGACAAAUAUGCCGUUUUGCAGCCAUCGGGCUGA